UAGUGUCUACUUUCGGUUGUUAUUUUUUUCUCAGAAUAGCAGAACAUGGCUUCAUCACCUUCACAAUAUGACCUUAAAGCAUGUUCCAUUUGUUUUGAAAAAUUCAGAUCACCAAGAUAUCUGCCUUGUUCACAUUUGUUUUGCCAAGGUUGUCUAUCGUCUUACAUUGUGACUUCGUGUGAAUCUACAGAGGCGCCCAUUGGCUUUUCAUGUCCGCUUUGCAGGGAAUUUAUUCCAUCGCCAGACCCCAGCGACAAAGCAGAAAACUGGGCUGAAAAUUUCCCAAUGUGUGAAAUGCUCGAGAAAUGGAACGACUUAAUGGAAUCUAGAUUAUGUUCGGCGUGUCAAAGAGAAAGUGAAGAGGAAGAGGCAACGAAUAUUUGUUUGACGUGUCAAGAUUCUUUAUGUGGAAUCUGUACAAAAAGCCACAGAAGAAGCCGAGCAUCAAACACACACAAAAUUAUUCCCAUUGAUGAUCCUAAUGCAGUUACGCAACUGACAUCAGCUUCAGUAAAAAUCGAAAAUUGUCAAGAACAUUCUGAUAGGAAGGUAGAGUUAUACUGCAAUGAUCAUAGUCAGCCAUGUUGCACUCUUUGUGUCAGCACGGAGCACAGAAAAUGUGACAGCAUCGACAACAUACAGAAAGCUGCGGAGAAAAUAAAGAAAAGUGAUAAUAUACAAGCAUUGCAAGAAGAAUUGAGAAAAUAUGAAACGGAACUGCAAGAGGCAAAAAAGAAUAAUGAAGACAAUAUCAGUGAGAUAGACAAUACUUCAGAUCUUAUAACGGAAGAAACGAAGAAGCUGAAAAAAGAAAUAAUUGAACAAUUAGACAAACUUGAAAGUGAGCAUCAAGAUGAAUUGAGCAAAGCUAUGAAGGAGAGCAGGGAAAUGUUAAACAAAAAUAUUGGUUCUCUUUCAGAUAGGAUCCAAUUUACAAGGCACUGCUUAAAAAGUCUCCAGGAAGUAAAUGUAAAAAAAGGUGCUUCUUUCAUGAAGGACUAUCAGAAAAUUAGAGGAAAUAUUGAGACGCUGAAAAAGCAAAUUAAUAGAAGCAUGAAUGAACUCAAACUGAAGGUCGAAUCAAAUGCAGCAAAAGAACUUGAAAAGAUAAGAAAUGCAGUAUUAAGUUCUAAGCCUCAGGUAAAAAAAUAUGGAAGAAACCCAUUCUCUGACAUAGACUUAUUAAAUGCACAUUUUUUGCUUCUUUAUGAUUUUGAUAUACAGAAUCCUAAUAUUUAUGGAGGCACUUUUCUUCCUGAUGGAACCUUCAUUGUAGCAAGUUACAGUUCAAGUAAAACUGGCCUUGCUAAGUAUUCUUUGUCCACUGAUAAUUCAACACUUCUCAAAACGUUCCAAUCCAACAGUUAUCUUUUUGAUGUACGGUGUGUGGAUAAUGAAUUAUAUGUGACUGACUACACUAAAAACUGUGUAAAUAUUAUUUCAAGUGAUACAUUUACCACUAUUAGAAAAUUUUCAGUUGGAAAUAAUUUAAACCCGUUUGGUAUUUCUGUCUUGAAAGGGGUUCUGUAUGUUGCCUGUCUAACUGCAAUUCUACAGUAUAAUAUGCAAGGGAACCUUAUUCACUCCUAUCAGGUAGAAGAAGGAGUUAUAAAUGUAGUUGUGGCAGACAAUGGGCACAUUGUAUUUAGUAACGUAUAUACCAGUGAUGUGAUUUCCAUGGACGAGCAAGGAAAACAACUGUGGAAAUAUAGCAGUCCAAAGCUUAGGGAACCCCGUGGUGUUGAUAAGGAUGAGAUGAACAAUAUUUAUGUAGCCGGUUACGAAAGUGAUAAUGUCCAUAUAUUGUCUAGUAAUGGUACUCUCAUCAGAAUUGUAGAAGACAUUCCAAGGCCUGCUUUUAUGAAAGUGAAAGAAGGAAGUAACAUUUGCUGUGUUUGUAGCCACUAUAAGAAUUUCAGAGUAUAUGAAAUAUACUGAGUAUUGUACACAUACAGAACUCAAAGAUCAACAUUUACAACUGCGAUGUAAAGAUUUCAAGAGUCACCAGUGUACAUGGUCACUAUUUCAAUCCGUUCACUUUGCAGAACAAAGAAAAUGUUUUAUAAAAGACUUGUUAUUUCAGAAAAUCAUUAUUAAAU